AUGGCUGUCGACUUCGGCUUGCCGUUCAAGGCCCCUGAGGUCAAUCCUAUCACUCGCAAGGCCCGGGCUAUCCCCUUCCUAAACCCCCUUAAUAUGUACGGCCGGGUGUUCUUCUUCAGUUGGUUUGGCUUCUUCAUUGCGUUUUGGAGUUGGUACGCUUUCCCACCACUGUUGCACGACACCAUCCAGAAGGAUCUCAACUUGACCAAGAUCGAUGUUGCGAACUCGAACAUCAUUGCCCUCUGUGCCACUCUGCUCGUUCGAUUGAUAGCGGGCCCUUGUUGCGACCGCUUCGGACCGCGCUGGACAUUUACUGGGUGCCUCGUUAUUGGUGCCAUUCCUACAUUCCUGGCAGGAACCGCUUACACCAAAAGCCAGUUAUUCGCUGUUCGCUUCUUUGUCGGCAUCCUCGGUGGCAGCUUCGUUCCUUGCCAGGUGUGGAGCACCGGCUUCUUUGACAAGAACGUGGUCGGCACAGCCAAUGCAUUUACCGCUGGCUUUGGUAAUGCCGGUGGUGGCGUCACCUAUUUCUUGAUGCCGUCCAUCUAUGACUCUCUUGUUAGUGAUGGGCUGACUCCUCAUGUUGCUUGGCGUGUCACCUUUAUUGUACCUGGUAUCAUCAUCCUCUCUGUGGCCGCUGGCCUGCUUCUCCUCUGCCAAGAUACACCUGUGGGCAAAUGGAGCGAACGCCAUAAUGCUGCUCAGACCAACCUAGCCGCGCAUGGUGUCCAGGCCACCGUUGUCGACAGACCCCAUGUUAGCAUCGCAGACAAGCCUGCAUCCCUGUCUUCUGGCACAGGUAGCCCGCCUGCAGGGGAGAAAAUGCAGUACGAUGCGACUGGAGAGCGCAAGCAGUCUGUAUUCUUGGAUCACGAGGCUCAACUUACCGAGCAACAAAUGCUCGACACUGCUCGUGGUGAGAUCGUCGUCAAGCCAACACUCAUGCAAGUCUUCAAAGUCAUGUUCGCACCACAAACCCUUGUCCUAGCAUUCUGCUACUUCUGUUCAUUUGGUGCUGAGUUGGCGAUCAACUCCAUCCUCGGCACAUACUAUCAGAAGAACUUCAAGCACCUCGGCCAGACCACUUCGGGCCAAUGGGCGGCUAUGUUUGGUCUCCUUAACGUGGUUACUCGUCCCCUGGGAGGCAUCAUCGCCGACUUGCUCUACCGACAGUUCCCGAACGUCUGGAUCAAGAAGAUCUGGAUUCACGCCCUGGGAGUCAUAACCGGUGUCUUUCUUAUCGUCAUCGGCGUCUUGGAUCCGCAUGACACGAGCACCAUGUUCGGUCUCAUUGCUGGCAUGGCUGUCUUCCUGGAAGCUGGCAACGGUGCCAACUUCGCAUUGGUUCCGCACGUUCUGCCUCACGCCAACGGCGUGGUGUCUGGUAUGACCGGCGCUACUGGAAACUUCGGUGGCAUCAUCUUUGCCAUCAUAUUCAGGUACAUGAAGACCGACUAUGCCAAGUCCUUCUGGAUCACCGGUGUUAUGACUAUUGGCAUUAACUUGGCCGUAUGCUGGAUACCCCCGGUUUCCAAGAAACAGAUCGGUGGUCGUUAG